UCUAUAAAAGACCAGCUGACGGUCUCACAGGCAAUCAAAAUGACAUUGACUUUGCUUCGGAAUAAAGCGUUUACCACGCUGCUGAGUGCUGUUUUACUGAUUGACCUCGGCCAGGCUUGCCAGGAUUCAACAACAACGGCAAGCACUUCUAAAGAUUGGUGGCAAACAGCGCAGUUCUAUCAGAUAUAUCCCCGCUCCUUCAAGGACUCCGACGGCGAUGGCAUCGGUGACCUGAAUGGCAUCACCAGCAAACUGGAGUAUCUCAAGGAUUUGGGGGUGACUGCUGCUUGGUUAUCACCAAUUUUCACAUCUCCCAUGGUGGACUUUGGCUACGACAUCUCCGACUUUUUCGACAUACAGCCGGAAUAUGGAACCCUGGAUGAUUUUCGCAAUCUCAUAAAGAAAGCCAACGAGCUUGGCCUGAAGAUCAUUCUAGACUUUGUGCCCAAUCAUUCGAGUGAUGAGAACGAUUGGUUUAAGAAGUCUGUGAAGAAGGAAAAAGGAUACGCUGAUUACUAUAUAUGGCACGAUGGUAAGGUGAAUGCCACGACUGGAAAACGGGAACCUCCGACGAAUUGGCUGCAAUACUUUCGAGGCAGCGCCUGGCAAUGGAAUGAGGAGCGUCAGCAGUAUUAUCUGCAUCAGUUUGCGGUGCAACAGCCCGACUUGAAUUACCGUAGUCCUGAUGUUGUGGCUCAAAUGAAGCGAGUGUUGCGUUACUGGCUUAAUGAGGGCGUGGCGGGAUUCAGAUGCGAUGCUCUGCCUCCUCUAUUUGAGGUACUACCAGAUGGCGAGGGUCAGUAUCCCGAUGAGGCGUUGAGUGGGGCCACACAGGAUGCUGAUGAUCGCGAUUAUUUGACGACGAAAUACAUUGAAAAUCAACCAGAGACCGUGGACAUGGUUUACCAGUGGCGCACUGUGCUCGAUGAUCAUCAGCGUAUUCAUGGAGGUAGCUCGAGUGUGCUGCUUAUUGAGACCUACUCCCCCGCCUGGUUCACGAUGCAGUUUUACGGCAAUCGGUCCGUGAAUGGGGCUCACUUGCCGUUCAACUUCAAUUUCAUUACAGUAAUGGAGAAGAGCGGACUGAGUGCUAAAAAUGUACAGGAGGCUAUUGAUCUAUGGCUACUGAAUAUGCCAGCGGGACGCACACCCAAUUGGGUGCUGGGUAAUCACGAUAAACGCAGGGCUGCAAGUCGAUAUGGCCUGAAUCACAUUGAUGCUAUGAAUAUGCUGGUCAUGAUACUGCCAGGUGCCAGUGUAACCUACCAGGGCGAGGAACUGGGCAUGACCGAUGGUGAAAUCAGCUGGGAGGACACUGUGGAUCCCUGGGCUUGUAACUCAAACCCUAACAUAUUCGAGCAGUACACCAGAGAUCCAGAGCGCACUCCCUUCCAAUGGACCAGUGGUACCAAUGCGGGUUUCACACAAGGCCCAACCACCUGGCUGCCUCUGGCUGCAGAUUACAAGACUAUCAAUGUGGAAACCGAGUCUGCAGCGUAUCACUCACAUCUCACCAUCUACAAGUCGCUAACAGCACUGCGAAGAAGCUCAAAGACGCUACAAAAUGGAAAUACUAGAUACAAGGUGCUCAUCGAGGAUGUCUUUGUGGUCAAGCGAUCGCUUUCUGGUGCUGCCAGCAUUAUCUACGUCUCCAACUUUGGCUCAUCAACUGUCACAGUAAAUUUGACAGAAUUUGACAAGACAUUGCCAGCUUCCUUGGGACUGCUCAUCCGUAGUUUGGACUCAAAGAAAACUGAUGGCGUCAAAUAUGCCAUUGGACAACUUGAACUGGAGUCUGGCGAGGCCUUGGUGUUCAGCACGGAAUAAUACGCAUUAUGAUUUGGAAUUCAAUUGUAUUUUUAUUGAUAGUUGUUUGUUCUCGUAAAUAUAUCCACCUAACAACAUUUAA